GGCAGAGGGAGUGGGACGGGCACGGGACGCCCUGCACGAGCAACCCUGGCCUCCCCUGCCCAGCCCCGUCUGUGCGCGCGGGCCAGAGCGAGCCCCGCCUCCUCCCGCGCUGGCCGUUCUGACGCGCGCGCGCCCAACAGCCGCUUCAGUUGGUUCCGGCACCGCCCCGCCGCAGCAGCCGCCGCCGCCUGGUCCCGCGCCCUCGCGCGCCAUGGUGGAGGUGAACUCCGGCUACCCCCGCUCCCUGCCGGGGGCGCUGAAAAUCGCCCGCCUGGUUGUUGCAUUUGUAACAUUCGUCUGUUUUGCUGCUUCGAAAUCCCAUGAAGCCUUUAUAGCACUUGCAGUCAUGGAGUUUGUCAUCACUGUGUUGUUCUUUCUGCUGUACUUACUAAAACUAGAUAAAAAGAUGAAAUUCUUAUUUUGGCCUUUAGCUGAUAUUUUCAACUCAUUGAUUGCAGUUUUGUUCUUUAUCAUUGUGUGCCUAUGUGCAAUAAUAAUCAAGACCACAACUGGGACUCUGGUUGGAGGAAGAAUGACCAUGUCAAAUAAAGAAAUCUUAGGGGAGUGAACAUUCUGAAGAAAAACAAAAAGGCCCAAAUUGCAUAAUAUAAAUAAUGGUUGUGCACGACUUGCUGAGAGUGAACUAGAGCAACUGAAAAAGGCUCUUGGAUUGUUUUGUCUUUGAGAACAUAAGAACCUAUAAUUUUUAGUCAGAAGUGUUUAACUUGUUUUCUGGCAUUUGCUUUCCAGGUGUGUCUCAUGAUUAAAUAUAAAGGGCCAGAUUCUUAGCUGAUGUUAAUUAGCAUAGCUAGUUACCAAUUUUUCUUGCCUACAUUCAAGAAAGAGGAAUGAGGUGAAUUAUUGUCUCCUUCAGAUAAUGUUCACCAAUGAUUUAUUAUUACUAAAUUACUAUUAUUUUGAAACUGUUCAUAUUGUGUAUCAAAUAGCAUUGAGUUGAAAAGUUAGAAUUCUAGAUGACAUGUUUUAGAACGCAUCUCAUUUGAACUGCAUUUGCUAAAUUACCUUUACUAACAUAAAUACUAGACAUCCCUGUGUGUUAAUUUGAUAAAGGAACAUCUGAGUAAAGAGUCAGUACUUCUCCCCUCCCUCCAAGUACAAAUGAAGGACUGUCACAUGGAGAAAUGAGUAAUAAGCAGAUAAAGUGUAAAAGCAGAGCAAAUCUUAAUAUAUAGCUUUAUAGAUUAUCAUAUUUAGCUAAUUUAUUUGCAAAAAAAUACUUAGUUUUCUUUUGUUUUUGCUAAAGAUAACAAAAGUUUUUAAAGCAUGCUUGUGAUCAUAGUUUAUUCCAAUGUUUAUAACUAAAAUUAGAGAAAAUACUGCCACUCAAAGAACAGAUUAUCUAGAAGUGGUUUAUGUAAUUGUGUAGUUUAGCACACAAAGCAUCUAACAGGACUCCAAGUGAUACUGAGAGUAUGUGUGCCUCUAGCUGGAGAAGUAAUUUUCAGCUUGAAUAGAUGUAUGUGUGUUAGCUUUGAGACCACAGUUGUAGCCACAGUGGUACAAGAUGUGGCAUGGGCUAGCUGCCCAAGUACCUAGGAUCCUUGCAGGAUCAUACUUGGGAUGGCUAGCCCAUCACACUUUCCAUACCGGUGCAGCUACACUAGUUAGCAUGCUAGCACGUGUAUGCUACAUCUCUAGCUCAAGUAUAGACGUGGUCUUAAAUUGCUAAUAUACAGUAACAAAGAGGUGCUAAGUGCUGCUAUUUGGGUUGGUGAUCAGAGGGUACCUGUUAGUUAACUUCAGUGAUUGCUGCGCAGAUAUGAGCAGCCACACUGCAAAGCCAUACUCAAGUUACUGGAUAUUUCUACCCAGCAGCUGGGAGGUGUGAUUCCCAGCAUAGGUAAAUGCACACAUGCUAGCUCAGCUCAAAUUAGCACCUAAAAAUAGCAGCAUGGUUGUGGUGGCACAGGCAGUGCCUCAGGCUAGCCACCCCAGUAUGUACCCAUGGAGUCAGGGGGAUUGUACUUGCUCGGCUAGCCUGAGCUGCUACCUGUGCUGCUGUGAGUACACUACUAGUUGUAGCGCACUAGUUCAGAGCUAAUAUUAUGUCUACUCGAGCUGGGAUUCACACCUCCUAGCUGCUGUGUACCGAUACCCACUGUGCCCUCACGUACCCCACUCAUCCACAUGUGUUGCUAGACCUCUGGGGAGUAUAUCCCAAGGUUGCUGUGAUAAGCAGGGCUGCUCCAUGAUUCUUCCCUAGUGAAUUGUGGGAAGGCAUUGAAAGAACUAUCAUCACUUUAGGGAUUUGGCUUGCUUCUUCACUGAAAAAUGGGUGGGUUACCAGCCCAAGUUAAAGUGGCACCUGAGGUCUAGCCUGUACCCCCAGCCAGACCACCUAGCCCAGGUUUAAAGCAUCACCAAACUUUGGUGCUUUCUGUAUGGACAGGCAGGGGCUUAGGGCAACACCCACAUAAGAACCCAAGUUAACUCUGCAGAAAGACAUUGCUAAACAGGAUCUUAGGUGACACUUGUUUUGCUUCCUUGUGACUCAAAUUUUAUAAUGAGUUAGCCCCACCUUUUAAUAACAAGUAUUCACAUUUUAAACAUUAAAUAAGGUAACUUCUUGUCAAUUCAGAGUUUUUCACUUCAAAACUUCUGAAAGAGAAAAAUAUCUUUUUCUUCUAGCCUUGCAUCUGCAAACACUGUGUUUACUGCAGUCCAAAACCAUUAAGUAGAUCAUCCCUUACACAGACAUAAGAGAUUUGGUUCUGGAGGAAAGCAUAAUCUCACAUAAAGAAGCAGGUCUGUAGUCUGGUUUCCAUGGAGACUGAGUCACUUCCUAUUCUGAGAUGACAGAUGAAGGGCAACCAAGGUCAGGGUGAAGAUGAUUGCCAGAGCAUAAGGGGAAAGUCAUUUAAUGAGAGAUUGCAGCAUAUCUGACCUAAAGUAUGGAGAACACUGAAUUUCUCAAUCAUCACAAAUCAAAUAUCCAGAAACAUUUAGAAGGGCAGGACCAAUUUAGUGAUCUGUAGCAACUGCAUCUGCUCAGAAUUGGUAAUGAAUGAGUUAUUACAAUGAAAGGUAAAGACGAUAAACAACUAACUGUGAUGUGCAUAGGAGGAAACAGUUUUCUUUUUAU